CUCUGCUUUGGCGCAAAUGUAUUUGCGCUGCCACUGGCACUUCACUUGUUUUCAUUUUAUUUUGGUCCUCGACGAUCGGCUCUCGAAGAAAACCGUUACUCUUCCCAUAAAUCGAUCGAUUUUGUUUUAUAUCUUAUCUUAACCAUGUCGGACGAUCGCUCGGUGCCGUUCAUUUUUGACGACCAAAGUCCGGAAAAGAAACACUACGAUUUUCGGUUUGCCCUGCCACCACCAACCGUUCCGUCCCCGCAGCCCAUGGAUGUUGACACCUCCGGUCCUAUCCGACUUCCGGAGGAAUCAGCACCAGCAGUGGCAGUGCACAUUACCAGCAAGAAAAAACGAAAAUUGAACAACGGCAAGGUGAAACCAAAAAUUCGGAAACUUACUAGUGAUGACUCGGAGGGGAACGGCUGCAGCCCGGGAACAUUACGACGCUUAUUGAGUAUCCGCUCGUUACUUUUUGGUUCACUCGCAGUAACGGUCGCAGUUAUGCUUGCGGUUGUCGUACAGGAAGACCUUCGAAAAGACUUCUAUAAAAAGUACAAGAAACAGUAUCAGUUACUUCUGUACGGUAUAGAGGACUACUGCAGCCAGGAACUGGAUAUGACCAAUGUCACAGUAGCUCUGGAAAGACGAGUAGUCGGUCAGGAGGCUGCCAUUGCUCAAAUAGCGGGAUUCUUCGACAGGCAUCGACACAGUCAAGCUUCAUCACUUGUUCUAAUCGGCCCCGUUGGAGUUGGUAAAAGUCUGAUGGCCGAUGUUAUUACGGCCAACUUCCAGUGGCGAUUGAAUGUUCACCGAUACCGGUGGUCGAGCGGCCUAACUGCAAAGCGGCAGUUCUCCAAGUUUCAAUCGUUUUUGCACUCGCUAAGACAUGAAACAUCCGCACCAACCGAACUGGCCUGUGGACAUAAUUUGUUCAUAAUUGAUCAGCUUGAAGCUAGCGAUGUCGAGCUGGUUAAUAAAAUUAAUGUUCGAUUGCGGAUGGUAGCGGACAGGGAUGAGCUUCAGCUGACGGCGCUGUAUCUGUUUCGAGGCAGUUUUGUGGCGGAUGUUGACGAUAUUGAAAGGCUCGAAGCCGAUAUCGAGCGAGUUGUUCUGCGUCCUCUGGACGAAGAAGAUUUGAAGCGAUGUAUUCAUCAGGAAGCCGCGGAGAUGGGCAUAGAUUUGGACCAAAGCAGACAGCUUUUGGAGCAGGUCGUAAAGAGCGUUGAUGUGCACCGGCACGGGUGUAAAGGAGUGCGGGCAAAGCUGAGCUUGCAUGCUCAGAAUCUCAGGGAUGUAAGGAAGGAGUUGUAAUUUAUGUAUGAGUGGACUUAUUUGUAAAAUGUGUAAUAAACAUAUCAUUUUUUUAUUUUAUCUUGUAAAUAUGUUGUGGUAGUUAAAAUUUUCUUUAGGAUUUGAGGUUUUUAUAAGAUUUUUUAACUGACGUUAUAUUGUUUAUUAAAUUCAGAACGACU